UUUUUGUAGCGUGUGGACGAUCGCACGUAUCGCGAUUACAAAAUUUUUACGGUCUCAUCCUUUGUCCAAAUAAACUCAAAACUGAGUUUUAAUUUAGUACUUAUUUAAACAUAAGUAAUUAGAAUAAAAACAUUGAAGCGAGACGUAAACUGGUGAAAUUGACAGGUGUUAUUCGGGACAUUUGUGGUGUGCGUUUGUGGUUCCCGCAUAGUCGUUCGAGCAUGAAUAAUAAAGAAGUAAGCGGUGAUAGCGUCGCGUUUCCGUCGGGAAGCGAGAGCUGGUGAUUCCGGCACGACGGUCGGCGUGUGAUGAGUCUGCGGUGACGGCUCGCCGCGGAGCGGUUGGAUGGCGGCCGUAAGUGGCCCCGCGCGGCACUCUCGCGUCUCCAUGAGUGUCUCCAUGUCGCUGAUGCAGGGCGGUACGCAGGCUGCGCCGCAGGGCGCCAUCCUGGCGGCGGCGGCGCCCUACUACCAGACGCCGGCCAUUCCCACCGAUGUGCAGCCUGACCGCCCCAUCGGCUACGGUGCCUUCGGUGUCGUAUGGGCGGUGACGGACCCGCGCGACGGGCGGCGCGUGGCACUCAAGAAGCUGCCCAACGUGUUUCAGUCGCUCGUCUCCUCCAAGCGCGUCUUCCGCGAACUCAAGAUGCUCUGCUUCUUCAAACACGAGAAUGUACUAUCGGCACUAGACAUCCUGCAGCCGCCCAGCCUCGACUUUUUCCAGGAAAUUUAUGUGAUUACGGAGCUCCUGCAAAGCGACUUGCACAAGAUCAUCGUGUCACCGCAACAUCUCUCUGCUGACCACAUCAAAGUCUUCCUCUACCAGAUAUUAAGAGGUCUAAAGUAUCUGCACUCGGCCCGUAUCCUGCACCGAGACAUCAAGCCCGGCAACCUGCUCGUCAACAGCAACUGCGUGCUCAAGAUAUGCGACUUUGGUCUCGCGAGAGUCGAGGAGCCCGAUGUUACGAAGAACAUGACGCAAGAAGUUGUCACGCAGUACUACAGAGCACCAGAGAUUCUAAUGGGCGCCAAUCACUACACGGCCGCAGUGGACGUGUGGUCUGUGGGCUGCAUAUUUGGAGAGCUGCUCGGCAGGCGCAUACUGUUCCAAGCUCAGAGCCCAGUACAGCAGUUGGAGUUGAUAACGGAGCUGCUCGGCACGCCGUCGCUGGAGGACAUGCGGCACGCGUGUGCCGGCGCCCGAGCGCACAUGCUGCGCCGCGCACCUCGCCCGCCCGCGCUCGCCGCGCUCUACACGCUCUCCGUGCAGGCCACGCAUGAGGCUGUGCACCUUCUCGCACAGAUGUUGGUGUUCGAUCCGUCGAAACGCAUAUCUGUGGUGGACGCGCUGGCACACCCGUACCUGGAGGAGGGGCGGCUGCGCUACCACUCGUGCAUGUGCAAGUGUUGCUACAGCGCGCCGCCCGCCGCGCGACACUACUCGCCCGACCUCGAGCCCGCCGCGCCCCACGCCUUCCACGACGCCUGGGAGCGCAAGCUCACCACUGUGCACCAAGUCAAAGAGGAAAUUCACAAGUUCAUAGCGGAGCAGCUGCAGACGUCGCGGGUCCCUCUGUGCAUCAACCCGCAGUCGGCGGCGUUCAAGAGCUUCGCAAGUUCGACGGUGGCGCAUCCUUCCGAGCUGCCCCUCGCCUCACCAGUGGGAAUGACGCGAGUCCACGCGCGCCCCCGACAAGCGACGCGCCGACUGUACCGACACGCGAUAACCAACCUUAUACACCGCGUCAUUGAGAUACUUUUACAGUGAUUGGACCUGUUUGACAUACUUUUAACACAAUUUAAUUGCAAUAAUGACGUAUUUAGUUCUUUGGUAUUGUCCAAUCACUACUUCGAGGAUCUUGAUAUGUUUCUUACUUAUUGUGAAGAUGAGUCUAGUAUAAAAUUUCUUGUUUUCUUUUAUCGUAAUUUGAACAAAAUUAAUUAUUAAUUUGUAACGUUUAGUUUCGUUUUUUAUUUUUGUUUAUUUGACUAGACUCGUCUAUUUCUAUACAAUAAAGAGCCGCACCAUACCUCAUUAAUGUGACUUCCAAUCUAAUGAACACCAAUUUAUAUCGCAUAUAACUAAUUACGAACAGAGAAUAGUUUUAAUGCAAACUUAGUAUAUUGUUACGGAGGUAAAUUGCUUCGAGUGACGUCACUACCAAAUAUAUUUUGUCCUAUUCCUUUCUGAUAGUAUAGCAUUAUGCCAAGUAUAGAUGUAGAUGGAUUCCCUGUGAAUAUAGUUAAAGGAAUCGGCGACAAAGUUUGCGGUCGCAGUAGUUGUAAAUGUAUGCAAUAAUAUGCUUUAUACAACGAAGUGUAGGGGUGAAAAUGGCAAGCGACGCCACCAGCGAUCUGGUCUCAGUGUUUACGAUAGAAUUGUUUGUGGGAAGAUAACAUUCACGUAGGUUAAUCCAUCAUUUUAUAAACGCGAUUCCAUUUUAUAUGCACUUGUGAGAGAUAGUUGUGUGAGUGUGCGCCUUAUUUGUGUUAUAUAUAGAACUUGCAAGUAAUGUAUUGCAGUAUACUUAUUAAUAAUGAAUAAUCGUAAUUGUUUUUAAUUUUUUUUUGUCAAGUGUUCUAUUUACGUUCUUAAUGUCUAUGUGUUCUGUGUGUAUUCAUAGUUUAAGGCCGCGCGCAUACGUUGGCUUCGUACUUAAAAAUAAUAAACUUAAAAGCUUGAUUAUUUCAAAUUAGACCCGUCUGUACGCGGCUUUAAAUUGUUAAUUUUAAGUGUACUAUAACUCCAACACCAUUGUAUGUAACAUCGACUGAACAUUUUUACGUAGUUAGGUUAGGUUAGAUUUAUUAGUAAUAAAUUUAUUAAUAUUCACCUGUUUUGUCAGAGAAAAGAAAAAUGUGUCUAUGAUGAUGACGUUGAUACUUUUUUCCUUUAUCUCAGAACAUAUAGUAUUUGCGAUGCGUAAAAUAUAUAUAGAUGAUUAUAAUAUGUAUAUGUAAGAACUGUAUUCAAAUACCAACAUAAUGUAGCGUGACAUUGUAUAGCGAUUUAAAAAUGUAAUAAAUACAUGUGUAUUUUAUGCAUUUAUAGUUAAAUUAGCAAUUUAACUGAAUAACUUGUGGUAUGUUUGUGUGAGUGACAAUUUAAAUGGGAAUUUUUUUAAUUAUAUUUCGUAUUAAAAUUAAAGUUAGUUAAGUGAUUUAAUAUUUCCAUAUGUUUAUGUAGAAUCGAGGUAAUACCGCGCUGCUGUAACUAGUAUAUAGAGACUGUGUGUGUGUCGGGACGUCGUAGCCUUAAAACUAGUUCAAAACUAUAUGAAAAAAAAAUAUUAAAAAAUAAUUAAUUGUAAAUAAACAAAGCUGUAGUUUUAAUAUUUAGCUGGUUUGGAAUCUAAGCAGCACUCAGUUCCGGUUGGCUUUCUCGUUUGAUUCGUUGCGCUACUGAACUAUCAGACAAUUUGUUUUUUUUUUUAU